ACCAAGAACCCUAAAAAACAAACUCUCUCCGUAAUCCUCGCCACAGUUUGCUGUUCCAUUUGUUUUCUGGUUUCGUUUCCAUUUUCCUUCACAAAAUCGAUUAUCAAAACCUGCAGAUCAGAUUAUUGUUUACGUACAUUCUUUAUAUACCAUUUGGCUGCUUCCCCCUUUUUCUUGCUGCAGAUCAUGACUAGUUUUCUUCACAAGCUAUGGGACGAAACCGUUGCAGGCCCCACGCCGGACACCGGCCUCGGAAAGCUACGCAAGUAUGACUCCAUUUCGCCCUCCGAACUGCCUCCGAUCAAGAUUUCCGAUGAGAUUCCGGUAACUCGGAGCAUCACCAUUCUCAGGAGGAACUCCGAUUUCAGGACCUCCUCGGAAGAUCGCCACCGGAGGAUGCCGGAUUCUAUCGCCGGAAUAUCCUCGCCGCGGACGCCUGUUACUCCGGGGACGCCUGAAUUUGAUCUGAAGAGAUUUUCAUGGAGAAAAUCGUCGGCUGAAUCAUCGGAACAUGACGGUUAGACGAUUUGAAUUAACUCUGUCUCAUGGCUUCAAUCAUUGAAGAAGAAGCAGCCAAUAACUGUAUAUAAAUGUAUGUAUAUGUGUGUGUAUGUAUAUAUACAUAGAGAAAGAGAGAAUGAAUUCUGUUGGUUCUCAAUAAUUUGUAACAAUAAACUUGUGAAUUAUAUGUA